AUGGUGGUAUUUGUAGUCCUUCUUUUAGUGUUUUUGCCCCGAGUGGUAUGCAUGAUUUCCAGCACCAAAUGCAGCAUCAAUGAUCCUCUGCCUUUUCUUCACAAGCAAUAUCAGUCAGGAGAUCUUAUUGUUGUGGACAUUCUCUCACAGAUCUACAUCUUUUAUGCAAUGAUAAACUUCACAGAACGUCCCUCCAAAGAGCUCUUUGAGGACAUUGUGUUUAUGACUCCACUCUACCAGCACAUCCUAGCCUUAGAGUUUGCUAUCAAGGAGAUCAAUGAAAAUCCCCAUAUUUUACUUAAUUAUACCCUAGGCUUCCAUAUCUAUAACUCAUAUUUCUCUCCAGGUUGGACUUUCCGUGCCUCAUUGGAACUCUUUUCUACACAAAGCAGAUUUAUCCCUAAUUACAACUGUGAAAUUCAAAACAAACCAAUAGCAGUCAUUGGAGGCCCAACUUCUGAAGUGUCUCUGCAUAUGGCUACGAUUCUGUCACUGUAUAAGAUGCCACAGAUUGUAUAUGGGUUUGUUCCAGAAACAGAUGUCAGAAAGCAGAAUGCUUUCUACCAACAGAUUUUCCCAAGUGCAGAACAUCAAUAUAUGGGUAUAGUCAAAUUACUGCUUCAUUUCAAAUGGACAUGGAUUGGUGCAUAUACUGUAAAUAAUGAGAAUGGGCAGAGGUUUGUGCAAAAUGUAGUCCCCAUGUUUGCCAAGAGAGGCAUCUGCUUUGCCUUCAUUGAAAAAUUCCCCAGAAGUACUUAUUCUAAUGGUCUGGUUGAUUCACUGGAAGAAGGGAGUAAAGUAUAUUAUGAAGUUAUGAGAAGCACUGUUAAUGUUGUGGUCCUUCAUGGUGAAACUGAUCACAUAAUACUUCUACGAAUACUUUCCAACAGGUUGAAAGAUGAUAAUGUAGCACUAAGGAACAAAGAUAAAAUUUGGAUUAUGACAGCUCAAAUGGAUUUCACAUCAGUUCCCUUUAUAAGAAAUAUUGACCUAGUCUUCCUCCAUGGCAUUUUAUCCUUCGCAAUUCACUCAGAGAAGAUUUUAGGAUUCCAGAAAUUUCUUCAGUCAAAAAGCCCUAUUCUGGAAAAAGAAGAUAGCUUUUUCAGGGUCUUCUGGAAAAAUGCAUUUGAAUGUUCAUUCCACAUCAACAUGAUUGAAGAGGAAGAUAAGAUCCUCUGCAAUGGACAGGAGAAACUGGAGACUCUUCCUACAUCUGUGUUUGAAAUGCAUAUGACUGGCCACAGCUACAGCAUCUAUAAUGCGGCCUAUGUGGUGGCACAUGCUUUGCACGACUUCCAUUCAUCCAUAAGAAAGUACAGAGUGGGUGAACAUGAAAACAAACUGAACUUUCUGAAGCAGCCACUAUGGAAGCUCAACCAUUUUGUAAGAAGUGUCUCAUUUAACAACAGUGCUGGGGAAAAAGUUUUUUUCAACCAAAAUGGAGAGUUAGAAACUGGAUUUGACAUUAUGAACUGGAUCACCUUUUCAAAUCUGUCUUUCCUGAGAAUCAGAGUUGGAAGGACAGAUCCGCUCAGUUCCCAAGAGGAAAUGCUAAUCAUUGAUGAUGCUAUUGUAUGGCCACAUAACUUUAAUCAGAUCCAGCCACUUUCUCUGUGUAAUGGGAAGUGCCAUUUAGGUUACAGUAAGAGCAAGAUUGAAGGGAAGCCAUUUUGCUGCUAUAAUUGUCAUAAAUGUCCACAAGGCAAAAUCUCCAACCAGGAGGACAUAGAUGACUGUUUUCAGUGUGCAGAAGACCAAUACCCCAGUGACAAGCAGGAUAUGUGUCUCCCCAAAGUUAUAACAUUCUUGAAGUAUGAAGAAACCUUGGGAACCAUUUUCACUAGUUCAGCUCUUUUCUUUUCUUUGGUUACAGUUGGUGUCUUCUGUAUCUUUAUUAAACAUCAGAACACUCCCAUUGUCAAAGCCAACAACAGGGAUCUCACAUAUGCUUUCCUUGUGGUUCUUCUGUUAUCAUUUCUUUGUGUUUUGCUAUUCAUUGGACAACCCAACAAAGUGACAUGUGUUCUUCGCCAAACAGCCUUUGGCAUUAUCUUCUCAGUGGCCAUUUCUUGUAUUUUGGCCAAAACCAUCAUUGUGGUUAUAGCUUUCAUAGCCACCAAACCAGGGUCCAUGAUGACAAAAUGGGUAGGGAAAAAAUUAGCCAUUUUCAUUGUGCUAGGCUGCUCAUUUAUUCAAGAAAUUCUUUGUGCUACAUGGCUGACAAGUUGUCCCCCAUUCCCAGAUGCUGACAUGAAUUCAGUGGCACAAGAAAUAGUUCUGGUGUGUAAUGAGGGAUCCAACUCCUUUUUCUACUGUGUCUUGGGCUUUUUGGGCUUCCUUGCUUUUGUCAGUUUCACAGUGGCUUUCCUAGCAAGGAAAUUGCCUGAUGUCUUCAAUGAAGCCAAAUUUAUCACUUUCAGUAUGUUGGUCUUCUGCAGUGUGUGGUUAUCUUUUGUUCCAACAUAUCUGAGCACAAAAGGAAAAUAUAUGGUUGCUGUGGAGAUCUUCUCCAUUAUAGUCUCUAGUGCUGGGUUACUGAUUUGCAUAUUUUUUCCCAAAUGCUAUAUUAUAGUUUUGAGGCCUGAUAUGAACAACAAAGAUCAGCUAAGAAAACAAAAUAACAUUUGCAUAGAAUAG